AUGGCCCUGUCGCUGCAGUCCAACCAGAGCUCGCGAGGAGUUUCUGUAAGAUCACUAUCAAGUAUGAGAGAGGAAUCGUUGCCGAUGUUGGCUGAGAGGAUACUAGCGAGCCGUGCUGCUGCUCUAGUGGCCGGUCUACCUGCGGAGCUGUAUUCCGGAGCGUUACUAGCAGCCUGGCCGCCAUCACCGCCCGCGCCUCUACUGCCUCCACCAGCUCCGGAAAUAGAGAGAGCAAGGAAACGACGGCGAACGCCGAAACUAGACGAUACAACCUCCCCGGCACCACCAUCACCACCGUCCUCGGGCUCGUCACCAGGAGCCACCGACCCACCGCGAGAUAAACUGUUCACCUGUAAAGUGUGUUCGAGAUCAUUCGGAUACAAACAUGUCCUGCAAAACCACGAGCGAACACACACCGGUGAAAAACCAUUCGAGUGCGGCGAGUGCCACAAGCGGUUCACUCGUGACCACCACUUGAAGACACACCUUCGCCUGCACACGGGCGAGAAGCCGUACAGUUGUCCGCACUGUCCGCGUCACUUCGUACAAGUCGCUAAUCUGAGGAGACAUCUCCGGGUGCACACGGGAGAGAGGCCCUACGCCUGCGCUCGCUGUCCAGCCCGAUUCUCAGAUUCGAAUCAGCUCAAAGCUCAUGCUUUGGUACACGAAGGUGACGCCCCGUUCGCUUGCCGAUGUGGAGCGAGAUUCAGAAGACGACAGGCUGCAGCCCUGCACCGCUGUCCGAGCGGCGGCUGCGAGCCCGGCACGCCCAGCCCGCCAGCCUCGAUCGCCCCGGACUGGCGCUGGGACGACUGGCCGGAGCAGACCGAGCCAGAAGACCUGUCUCUACCCCGAAGACCGGCGACUCCGGAUUCGCCGACUGACUUGCGCGUGCACGCGGCGUAG